UGUCGUCGCGGUUUUGCGGUGUUAUUUCUGGACUCGUCGAGGUCGUGUGACACCCGAGCUCGUUAUCGCACGCGUUAUCGUGUCCUCGACAUACACACAAAAGUGACUUUUAUUGAUCACUUAUCAGUACGCGAAAAAAAAAAAAACUCGAGGAAGAAUCGAAAAUGUUCGUGUGAUAGCCCGGGUGUGCGUCUUGAUCGGCUGAUGUUCUUGCUAAAUUGAGAGUGUCGUGAAGGAUUCGUUAUCAACAAAUAUUUACACUCGGAAUCGCUAUCGUGAGCCCUCGCCAGUGAGUGAGUCAGUUCAAGUGGUCAACGCUGGCGAUGUAGUUGUUUCACGGUGGUGCUGAAAAGGCUGUGAGAGCAGUUAGUGGUGUACACAAUCGGUGUGUAGUGUAGCGGAUUUUGUAAUUAUUAUUUUUAUGGGAAAAGAAGCAACUGCAACAGCAGCAGCAUCAGCAACAUCAAGCAAAGCAGAGUGGAUUAAAUGAGUCUGGCGGGACGGGGAAGCAGAGUGGUGCUUGUUGGAUGCAGAAUCAGAAUCUAGUGCGCGAUAAAUGAACAGGAAUAUGAAACGACAGCUGGAAAAGUUUAAGGAGGAGAUCAAAUCGAAUCUGACGAGAUCCAGUAAAUCAGAGAAGAAUGCCGACGGUUUGCAAGAGGUGGAACGCGAGGUCGAUCGCUACAAGGACAUCCUUCAGAACCUCAACAAACGGAUAGCGACCACAGUGUCCGCCGGCCAGCCCCAGGAUGCACCGGCCAAAGAAAAGCGCAUCCGCAAGGUGCCAGAAUUCGUUCUGGGCCAACUGAUGGAGGACUCCGUCAAAGAUCUACCCCCAGGCCUGUUGCGGGACGUACUUGACAAGUGCGCCCGCCUGGAAAAGACAGUCGCGUCGGAGAUCAUCACGAACGAGCUGAGCGUGGAGAACUCGGUGAGCAAAAAUCUGAACGACAUCAUCGAGCGGCACCUGGCCACCAUCCAGAAGCAGAAGCGAACCGUCGGCAAGUGCGCCCAGGAGUACGAGGCGACCCGGCAAAAAUAUGAUUCCGCGCAGCGCAACAGCGACCAGCUCGGCGGCAACCAGGCCAAGCUGACCCAGCUGAAGGACGACCAGGAGGAGCUGCACAACAAGCUCGAGAAGGAGCGGGACCUGUACGAGUCGUACAUGUACGAGCUGCUCGCCGAGGAGGAAAACAUCGCCAACUACGUCAAGGAGUACGUCAAACACCAGGAGCUGUACUACACGUCGGCGCUGCGGGAAAUCCAGAGCACCAUCAACAGCAUGGACGGGUUGUUCCGACGGAACAACAAGCAAAUCUUCAAUACGCCCCUGCACGAGCAUUUGAAGGCGACUGAUCGCAAAAUCGCUUACGUCAUCGAGCUUUGCGUUUGCUGCCUGCUGGAGAAAGGCCUCUACGAAGAGGGACUGCUGAGGGUUGGCUGUGCAUCCUCCAAACUGCGCCGCAUGAUCUCGGCGAUCAACGCCAACUACGUCACUCCGCCGCUGGCGGACAAGUACGCCGAUCCGCACGUGACGGCCGGCGUGCUCAAAAAGUACCUCCGCAGCCUGCCGGACCCGCUGCUCACGUUCGAGUUCUAUCCGGACUUUGUGGCGGCGGCCCAAAAGCAGAACGAGUCGGCGCGGAAGGCGGCCAUCUUGAACAUCGUGAACCAGCUGCCGCGGGAAAACUACGACAAUUUGCGGUAUUUGAUGAAGUUUUUGUCGUACCUGUCGGAGAAGAACCAGGAGAACAAGAUGUCGCCGCAGAACAUUGCGAUCGUGAUGUCGCCGAAUUUGCUGUGGUCGCCGAACGAGAACGAGAACUACAUUGACCAGGUCAACAGUACGGCGACGGUGAACACGAUCGUGGAGGCGUUGAUCGCCGAUUGGGGGUUCUUCUUCGAGGGGGAGGUCAACUUUUACGUGAGCAUGAGCCGGGACUCGUUGUUCCCGGACAAUGGUGGGUUUCCGGUGGAUAAGGAAAUGCCGGUGCGCGGUGGAGGAGUUCCUAACGACUACAUGUCCAAGUCGAUGAUCGUGACGACGACCAUGGGCGGGAGCCAGGACGAGGUGCGGUACUACAACAGCGGCGGAGGAGGAGGGACAGGUGGUGGUGGUGGAGGUGGGACCAGUACCGGAAGCAGCUCCCAGAAACCCUCGACAUCACAUUCCCGCAGCAGUAGUCAUGAUACUAGUCUUAUUCUAAUCAAUAGCAACGAUCAGCUGAACAAGCAUCGGAGCCAGUCAAACAGUUCCCUCUCGGAUCAUUCCAGUCCGCCGCAGGAGAGCAGUCCGAAGCCGACGGUGCGGAGGAAACACAACAAGCAAGCGGCGCCAACUCCGCCGGACAGUCACCACAAGCAGAACCACAACGCAUCCAACGCCCGUGAGCUCAACCAGAAGCUCAACCAGUCGAACGCUGCGGCCGCCGCCGGUUACUUCAAGCAACUCAACAGCGGUCACGUGGCCGCCAACGACCGGGAAGACGAAGGCUUCCAGUCCCUGCAGCAUCACGCGUACAAACAGGCCCAGCACGAGUACAACUCCGACCGGCAGCCGAUGAUGCGCGCCGAAAGUCACGACAAUCUGCUCAAGCUGAAGUCGUCGUCAACGGUGGCCACUCCGGACAAGGUUCCUCCGCCGAGGCCGGCCGCGGUUCAGAUCGGGGACAGCCAAACGCUGAACCGGGGCGGCAAGGCCAGCCACCAUCACCAGAACCACAACAACAGCAACAACAACAACCAUCACCAAAACAGCAAACUACCAAAUGCUCCCAAUUGUGAUAGCACUAGCAGUAUAAGCAAUAAGGAAAACAAAGAGAACCACCACCAGCAGCACCCCCCGGCCCGGCCGACGUGUCCGCUUCCGGUCAAACCGGUCGCCCUGCCCCGCACCACGAUCAUCGUAGCCAAGACACCCACCCCAACCGGUGGUCCAGUGGCUCUGGCCCCCGACGACGAAAGUGGUUCCGCCACCUCCGCCGGUGUCAUCCGGGAAAAACCGGUCAUCCCGGAGCGACCCGCCAUCCUGCUGCGACCACAGAGCUUCAAGGGUUCCGUUCCGGAGAUAUCCCGUGUGAGUGACGGCGGCUCGAGUGCGAUGAGUGCCAGUACGGGUUCGCUGAAGAAGGCGCAAAGCUUCCGGGGCGAGACGACGGGUGGGGUCAGCAAGGAGGGUGGGGGACACCUGGAGCGGACGCAGAUUUACAACAUCGACAAGCAACAGGUGGCGAUCAUCGACGUCGUGGACAAAAAAGACAAAUCCGGAUCGGUGGCCAGUUUGACGGUGACGACGGUUCCGGAGGGGAUUCCGCCGCUGGCGAUGAUGGAAUCGACGGGUUCGCUGGGCAGUGACCUGGCGUCGCCGACCGUGGAGGACAGUUUGAGCGCAACAAAUGGCAACGUCACAACAACAACAACAACUAGUCUGCAGCACGUGCCCCAAUCGCCACGUGGCUUCGAUCAGGCCAAAAUCAAGCGACCUCAGGUGCCGGCACCGCCUCCGCCGGUUGGGCGGCCAAAAUCAUCCGACUCGACGGAUUUAUAACAGUGUGAGAUACUGAUCUAAUCGAAAUGGGUAUUUAUAUAAAAAAGAGAGAAAAUCAAGAAAAACUUGCCACGAGAUAAAUCCCGCUUAAACGUCCGGAAUUGCAAUGGAAUCGAUGGUCGUUCCCCGGCUGGGGCUUUCGUGGCUCGUGUAAAAACAAGUCAGAUAGCUUUUAAUUAAAUUUUAUUAUUUUAACCUUUUUUCCCCCAUCAACCCUCCUCUAUUUUAUCACGACCAUUUUUGCUUCCCCUUUUUUCCCAUCACGCCCAAUUCUACUAGAAAAAGGUCCGUACUUUUUUCAGUUUUGCAUUUUUUUUUUUUGGUUCACGCUCCCCAUUUUUAUUUUUUUCAUUUCGACUCCUCUAAAAUUGAUAAGUGCAUUCUAAUUGAGCGCGACAUUGUUGCAUGGAACCGGCGUUGCGCGUUUUCCAAAUGGGACGGCGUAAAUUGAAAUCGAACGAAAACAAGAGUGUCCACUGCUGCUGCUGAGGCACUAGAAAUGGGUCAUCGUUUAUUUUGCGAGUGUGAACAACUGUUCACGAGUUUUUUUAUUCGCUGUUGAAACAGCUGCCGACCGGUUGCAAUGAUGUAACAAAAAGUUAGGUUUCCAAAUUGUUGAGUAGAUUUAUUCGUUUAAUAAAACAAACCUUUUAGAACUGA